CUGUGAAUGUGGAAAACAGAAAGUGAGAGAGAAAGAGCGAUAUUGGCCGGUAGCCCGUAGCACUGCAGCAGCGAGCCAGCGAGGCGAGACUCCUCGUAGCGAAGCUGGGGCCACUACCUACACGGGCACGGGGUAACGCGGCGCGGCUGUAAAGUAAAGUAUAUAGAUAUAAAGGAUUAAUACUAAGUAGACCAAAAGAAAAAGAGAGAAAAAGCAAACGAACGGACUCUUUGGGGACUCUGUAAGUGCCUCGCUCCGCACUCUAUAGUAGCUGCCGCAGUAGGCUCCUCCUCUGCUGCCGGAAGGAAGGAAGGAAGCGAGCGAAUGCGCGACUGAUCAGGAAUCAGGAGCAAUAAACAGGUGACGAGUGACGAGUGUGUGGCGAGUCACCGAAACCGAAAGCUCGCUCGAGGAGGAGGUAAGAAGUGCGCGCAGCUGGUUAAUCGUUCGUGUGUGUGGUACUUUAGGUCGAGGUAUCGUAGGUACCUGGCGCGAGAAGGAAUAAGUAUAACGAGAGAGAGAGGCAGACGCAUCAUCAUCAUCAUCAUCAAUAAUAACCCUACACGGAGCAUCAGUAUCAGUAGCAACAACAACAACAGCCGGGUAACGUGAGUAACAAUUUGAAGGAGAAGCCAAGUCAGCAAGUUAGUAUACGUACGUAGACUGCGGCAGCAGUUAUACACCACCAUCAUUAAUACCACCGCCACCAUGAGCCUCAGCGAGGAGAGCAAUCCUCGGACGCUGUACGUCGGUAAUCUGGACGUAAGCGUGUCCGAGGAUUUGCUGUGCGCCCUCUUUUCGCAAAUCGGUCAGGUCAAGGGCUGCAAGAUAAUACGCGAAACGGGUAAUGACCCGUACGCAUUUGUUGAGUUCACGAACCACCAGUGCGCGGCCACGGCCCUCGCCGCCAUGAACAAGCGUCUCUUCCUGAACAAGGAGAUGAAGGUUAACUGGGCCACGAGUCCCGGUAACCAACCGAAGCUCGACACGAGCAAUCAUCAUCACAUAUUUGUCGGUGAUCUGUCGCCCGAGAUCGAGACCCAGACUCUCAAGGAGGCCUUCAUGCCCUUUGGUGAGAUCAGCAACUGCCGAAUCGUGCGAGAUCCCCAGACCCUCAAGAGCAAGGGCUAUGCCUUUGUAUCGUUCGUCAAGAAGAGCGACGCCGAGGCUGCUAUCACAGCGAUGAAUGGCCAGUGGCUUGGCUCGCGCAGCAUUCGCACCAAUUGGUCGACGAGGAAGCCCCCGCCCCCGAGGACCGACCGGCCCCGCAAUGCUAACAGCAAGCCCAACUACGAGGAGGUUUAUAACCAAAGUAGCCCGACCAAUUGUACCGUUUAUUUUGGAGGAUUCACAAACGGGAUUACAGAAGAUCUAGUAACCAGGACAUUUGCACCUUUUGGUACUAUAUUAGAUAUUAGAGUAUUUAAGGAUAAGGGUUAUGCUUUCAUCAAAUUUACAACUAAGGACUCAGCUACACAUGCCAUAGAAAAGACACACAAUACAGAAAUAAAUGGAUGUGUCGUUAAGUGUUUCUGGGGAAAAGAAAACGGAGAUUCAAGCAGUAUUGGAUCUAAUACCAAUCAACAAACUCAGCAAGUGUCAGCAGGACAGCAAUAUGCUUAUAACUAUGGCCAGCAAAUGAGCUAUUGGUAUCCCCAAGGCUACCCACAAAUGCAAGGCCAGUUUCUCCAGCCUCAGUACUAUGGUCAGUACUAUGGCCAGCAGCAAGCUCAGUACAUGAAUAGCAUGCGAAUGCCCACACCAUCUGCUGGUACGUGGCAACCAGGUCAGACUGGCAGUGCACCUCCAACACCUUCUGCCCCUAUGCCACCGGGACAACAACCUAUGGUAACUUACGGUAUGCCACCGCAGUACCCAACGCAGUGAAACGAAACGUUUGACAAUUCAUAAAAAAAAAAAAAAAACAUUUAAAAAUUUCAACAAAAAAAAAAAAAACGUCGACCUUUUGAAAAAUGACAGUUGAAAGUUCUGUACGCAACGCUUGACGCGGAACUAUUUCGAAUGUAGAUUAAUAUAUACCAUUUUGUUUCGCAAACUUUGCUACCACGCUCAAUUAUAUAUAUACUUAAAAAAAAUAUUCGUUAAGAAAAGCAAGGAGCUUGCUUUAAUUAUACAUAUGUACAUCCUAUCAACUUUAAGGCAAUUUACACAUUUUUCUAGGAAAUAACAAGGUUUUAUUUUAAUAUACACUGUAUAUUUGAUGGGAUGAUUAGAAGUAAUUGCUUCACUGAAAGGUAGCAAAAAUACAAAAAAAAAAAAAACAAUGAAAAAAACAUUUUAAAAGAAACACGUUAAAGUGGUAUAUAUUCUCAUCUAUCUUUGAAAUCAUAAGAGCCCUGCAUCCGUUGUGCACUAAACCGUAUGUAUGAUAAGAUUAUAUUGAGAUUGUUGAAUUUUUUAA